GUUGGCAGCACUGUGGUUAUCUGGAUGGCAACAGAGGACAGAGAGGUGAUGGAAGCCCGGGGGGCAGGAGAAAGCUGCCCCACCCUCUCCAAGGUGGCACCUGGUGACAACACGCCCGAAGGGAAGCCAAAGGCUUCUUUGGAGGCAGAACCCCCAAAGCUAGAAGAGAGUGAAACAUGUGAGGGCAGAGAUUGCCCAGGCUCCCCUAAGUCACAGGCCCCAAAGUCUAGCCCUACCACCAAGGGUCAGGCUGGCGAUGGACCUGGGCUGGAACCAACGGAGCUGCCCCUGACCAUGGAGACAGAACACCACAAUGCAAUGGAGCUGGAGAAGGUGCGCAUGGAGUUUGAGCUGACACGCUUGAAGUACCUGCACCAAGAGAACGAGCGGCAGCGGCAGCAUGAGGAAGUGAUGGAGCAGCUGCAGCAGCAGCAGCAGCAGGCUUUACCUCGCCAGUUCUCAGGAGGCCUCCAGGAUCUCUUGCUCCCUCAGAACCAAUUUGCCAUGUUCCUGUACUGCUUCAUCUUCAUCCACAUCAUCUAUGUUACCAAGGAGAUGGUCUUCUUUCUCUUCUCCAAGCAUUACCUGUUCUGCCUCGCAGCCAUCUUGCUGUGUUUGAUUAAAACCUUGUGGUCCUACUUCCAAGUGCCUUUGCUUCUUCCAUCACCAGCAACAUCAUCUGUGGACCACCAGAUUCCUCCCUUCCCAUGGCAACCUGGCUUGAUGGCACAGCUGCCAGCUGCUGACACCUGA